AUGACUGACAUUGUCAUGGAUGGGUUACCUCCAGAUGGUGCCGAAGAACUUUCAGCUGCGCGACAAAUUUUAAAUUACAUAAUGGCGCCAAACAACGCCAACAUUGCUUUUCCCUUUAUGGACCGUAUAGAUGGCCAGGCUCUUGGACUUUAUAAGUACAACGAAAUUGUCCGGUUUCCCAUGUGGCUAAGGAAAAUCUCUGAGAAAUUGGACCAGAAGAAGUACCCUGGAAUCAAGGAAUUUGUUUGUGACUUCCGUCUUAUUCUUGUUAACUGUUUCCGUUACAAUGGUGUUGUUUCCCGUAUGGGUCGAAUAGCUGAAAAAUUGGAGCUCCUGUUUGAGCAGAAAUUGCAACUUUUGUCACCUGAUAUCCGCGCCAAGACAACCCUCCAGGCCAGCCUUGGGUGCGGAAACACCCAACAGGAAAUGAGCAACAGCGGGCUGAUCCGUCGUCGCUCAAGCACCCGCCUUUUCGGCUCUUCCACGGAAUCUCAGACCUCACAUCCAAUCCGAGCUCUCAUGGAGGAACUAGAGCACACCACCCAACAGGAUGCCAUCACCCCAGCCUCCUUCCUUUACGAGGGUCUUCCACCUGGCUCGCCCUCAAUUCCCAUCACAAACGAGAACAGCCACGCCUUGCUCGUCGCCCGUCUUACCCACUGGCAGCGGAAGCAGCAUGAGGAGGAGUUGAUUGCCGGCUGGAACGACUGGUGGACGUCCUGUACCCGUGGUCGUGCCCUUCAAGCGGAGUUGCGCAAAUCCCCAGAGUUCCUGGAGGCCUAUCAGCUGCUCUGGUUGGUUGAUCCCUUUCUCGGUCUGAGCGACGCACUGGGUGUUGCAACCAGCCUCUACCACGACGGAGCCUUUGGCGAUGCUAGUACCGACGCACUGCCGCACGCCUUUGUCCUGCCCCUCUCCACCUCCUCCUCGUCGUCUCGUCAGCUUUCUCUGACGGAGCUCGAGCUUGGUCUAUCCGUAGCACCACAGGCCUCUCUCACCCUCGCGACCUGCGUCUCCGGCUUGCUCAACACGGCGAAGGAGCGGGAGGCGGUGGCCGCAGCGGUGGCAGCCCUCUCCGAACAGCAGCCGCAGCAGCAGCAGCAGCACCAGACAGUGGAGGAAUUGGGUCUGCAAAAUGGCGGGGAGGACAGCGGUGAGACGACGAGGCUCGCUAGUCGACGUCUGCAGUCGUCACACGUGACCACCGUGAAGAACUUUUCCACGCCGCCGUACGAUGUGUGGGAGCGACGAUUGGCCGCCCGGCUGGCCCAGUGGUACGAGGAGAUGCCGCUGGAAAAGCGUUUGGAGGAGCCUUUUAGGUUGGAGCGACGGUCAGGUAUUUCACAAUCGUUCUUCAAUGUCUGCGGCAACUACCGGAGCCCCUUAGAGAAGCAGCGGUUCCAUGAAUUGUCUGUGUGCCAGCAGGUCCACAUCCUGAGAGCGCUAGUAUCCACGGUUCUGCUCUCUAAUGGUUAUUUUGGAUUCUCGGAGAACCUGCGCUACUCGCUGGACAAGUCGGGUGAUUGGUCUGUCACCCGACCCACAGAGGUCGGUACGGACCCGUUUCGUGGUCUAACCUACUUCUACUUCCCCGAAAUGCUACGUGGGGAGAUGCCGCGCAUCAUGCAGUACCGUUAUCCGCCGCAUCCUGACGCGUCGUACUCGUCACCGCCUGUGGUUCGUGAAAGCCAGGCGACAAGUCGCGUCCGUGUCAUCAACCUCCCCGGUCCCACUGUCCGUCUGCCCCAUUGGGUCGACUCGAAAACGAGCCAGUCCAUUCAAGCACAUCUAGUCAGCCUGAUUGAACGCGAGGUGGGUGAUCUGUCCGCGAGAGCUGGUGACCGGGAGGACAGUAAAUUGGCGAAGAGGUAUCUGAGCAAAGCGCAGAACCUAGCCAGCAUCCUGGAAUCAUUUCUCUCCGCUUCACAAGCCCCGUCGAAAUCGAAGUCAAAGAAGCGAAAAUCGCAGACAGCGGGAUCGACUGAUGCGCUUGCCUUUUCCGAUGACAUCAAGGUCGCUGAUUUUGCAUUUAUCAACAAAAUCAGCUGUGGCCCGGUGCCCCUGUCAGUCACUUACGCUAGGCAAGCCGGGAACAAUUCAAGGUCCUCAUUAAGGCCAACAGAUAGCUGUACCUCGUUGGCGGAGUCUGUGCGCACCAACGAUUUGGAAACAGGCGAAACAAAUUCGGGGUCUGAGACUCCCAAUCACGCAAAAUUCUAUCAGGAUGAAUCAAACACCUCCCCACCCAUCAGACCUAUUGAAUCAGAAGCCUACGACUGUUUGCCCCAAUCAGAGGAUGAGAACUCGCGUGCGGAGAAGGCAGAUAGCGACAAACUUGGCGUGGAUGGGUUCGGACAAGGUGUAGACGAAUGGCAGGCGGAUGCACCGCGUGACACCAAUGCCGCCAGCAGUGGCUGCACCACUCCGUGUCGCAACUCCGACGUGGAGGACGAACGCGAGGCGGCGACGAAGAACACGGAGGCCGUCGUUACCUCCUCCGAUGAUGUGCGGAAGGAGGCGGAGGACGAGUUUCCCAAGUGUAACGGCUUUGCCACUUGUGAGGCGUCUCCGAAAGCGGAGGCGAAGGAGGAGGAGGAGGGGGAAGGGGACAACGUUGACGUCUCUAGAGGCGAACAGCCUGUCAAGAAGACCGACGACGUCGCCGAAUUCAUUCCCGAUGCCUCCUGCGCCUUCGAUACCGUAGUCUUUGAUCUGGAGUCUUUCUGCGCCCUCCUGAGUGAUACAUCGUCGCGUGUCGACAAGGGACGGCGACUCCUUCAAGACUUGGUCAGUGCCUCGCAGGAAGAAGACAGCUGCUUGUCAAUGCGGCCGGUUGUUGAGAGGAUUGCCCAGGAAUUGGGUGACGGUGUUGUCGAGCGAAUCAAGGCCGAUCCCUCGCUUGCAGAUGCGCUGGAGGACAGGGUAGAGGCGAAGCCAGAGGAGCCCGCUGCAACCGCUGUCCCCAUCCGCCCGACGAAAAAACGGCGCAGGGCCCCUCUAAUGUGUCCGAGGUCGAAGAAAUCCAAGAAGUCGUGUGCCCAACAGGAGGCCAAGACGGAGCCCGAGGACUCAACACCGAUGCGGAUCCUGCGUUUGCACGAGGAUGCUGUGGAGACGCUGGAGAGGCUGGCAGAUGGUCUUCGGGACCUGGAGGCCGUGGCCAGAGCAGCGGAGCCCGAACGGGUUGCUGCGCACCGGCUGGCCGGUCUGCGACUUCGAAAGGACAUCGAAGCUUGGGAGGAGGCGAAGAAGCCAAAGCCGAAACCCACACCGACUCGAAAGAUCAAGGCUCCGUCGUCACCACCGCCGCCGCCGCCGCCCGAACCAUCAGCUGUGGAGGCGCCAGCGGCAGUGGAAGGGUCACCGCCUCCGCCCAAACUGCCGCUUCCGCCCUACCAGCCGCGCACAAGCCCCCCACCCCCUCGACCGCCGGUCUUCAUUCGCCACCCCCAUGCGGCGGUGGUUCCCCGGCCCCUGGCGCCGCCCCACCCGGCCUCCCCCGCGAACCCGUCGCCUCGCCGGAUUUUCCGCUUCUACGACACCCUCUUCACGGAGGACGCGCGACCGGUGCGGCUGGAGGCGAACGGCGCCGUCGUCUUCAUUCCCCCCGAGACCAUUCCGCUGGGGCACCGUCAGAUGGCCAAGCAGAUGAUCGAGCGCUUCUGCGCCACCGUCGCCUCGUCCGCUGUGCGUCCGACCCCGCCGUGA